CAUCAACAGACGAGGAUGGUGUUCCGCUUUUUUUUUUUCUGUGUGUGGUAGUUGUUGUUCCAGUGUUCCAGUGCUUCUGGCGCUGAGAGAGAGUCACACACACACACAGAGCAAAGUUACUAUACCAGCCCAGCAGGUAGUAGAGGUAGUCGGUAACCAAACGUCAACCGGUUCGCACGCACGCGCAUUUUUUUUCGUGCUGUUGUCAGUGUCGUUGUGCAUAUUUUCUCUCCUCUUUAACCAAGACUUUUCGUGAAAGACAAAAUCUCUUCUCCAUUUUUUGUUGUUGUCAUUACCUUGUUUUUAAUUAGUAUCUCUGCUGCUGCUGCCCUCUGUGUCUGAAUUCGUCGUGCAUCCACCCCUUUCUUUCGUUUUUCCCCAGUCGACUACAAAAGUCAGUUCGUGGAAUUCGAUCAAUUGACGUUCGCCAAUAGUUAGUGACGAUUGGAAUUCCGAGUGCCGUUGGCGAGGGGACCGAAUUGAAUUUCAUUCCGUCAGUGUAAAAAAUUUGAAACCACACAUCAACCAAGUGUUGCAUGCGUGUGUGUGUGUGUGUCUAUGUGUUUGUGGGGUGAAAAGCAGUGCCUCGCGGGGGUGAUAAAUAACAACGGAACGCUUCCGGCCGCUGGAACAUGAUGAUGGCCUUGUUGUUAUUGUAGUGGCAUAGGGUUGGCCAAUUUUUUUUUUUUUUUUCUAUUCUGAAACAAAAAAAAAAAGAGAGAAAAAAUAUUAUUACAACAACGGAUAUACAGCACUAUAUACCGUCAUCAUCAUCAUAAUCGUAAAGAAGAAACGUCAACAAAUAAAUAACACAAGAACUGUGAACUACUCCGUUACGACGGCAGAGCCCUGAACUAAUGGAACGGUGAGCACGUAAUUCAUUAAGAAACAAAAAGAAGAGCGACCAAGAAGAAGACGACAAUUUGUUACAAAAAUUAAGGGGCCUAAAAUCGAACGUUUACAAUGGGAAGGACCUCAUCACCCAGCCAUCAGCAGUUCCUCUUCGGUUUGUUGGCGCUGGGCGUGUUGAGCUGGAGCGUAAAUCCGGUGUCGGGCGAGGUAAGGCGUCCGCCUAAUUACCAUCACGAUCACAUGCCCGAGACGUCGUUCACUUGCGCCGGUAAAGUCGUCGGCGGAUACUACGCCGAUCCCGACGCCGAUUGUCAAAUGUUCCACGUCUGCGUCCAAGUCGACGAAAAUGACGUGAGAGAUUUCAAAUUCAUGUGCCCGAACGACACAGUGUUUGACCAGGAGAAUUUCAUUUGUGCCAACUGGUUCGAGAUUGACUGCCGUUCGUCCACCUUUUUCUACGACAAGAAUUUGCAACUGUUUCAACCGAAUAUUGACCAAGAUAAAAACAAAACCACCGGCACCGGUAGCUCAUCGUCGACCGGUUCGGCAACCGAGGAGCCGUCCGAGCAGCAAAAGAGACAACAAGAGCAACAGCUCAAACAGCUCAUGGUAUUGGAAGAGCAGCAGGCCGCCCAAGUGCUCAAACAACAACAGGUGAUUGACCAGCACGAACGACGUCAACAAGAACACCAGAGAAAUCAAUUGCGAAUUAUCCAAGACCAGCAAAAACAACAAGAGAAACAACAAGGACGCAAGACGGCGGCCACUUCAACUCCCGCGCCCGCAGUUGCCCCACGUUCCAUCAGCGCUGACAAGGUGACGACAACGCCCAGCAGCGCUCGUUACGUCGAAGAAAAGGGCGAGGAAUCGAUUAUUGAAUAUGAUUAUUACUACUACGACUACGACGAUAGUUCAGAGCACGGAAAUUUCUACGCCAACGAUGAUUACGAUCCUAAAGCGCCUGGAAGAAUCAUCGAUCCUACCAACGCUCGCCCUCCUCUCCUCCCUAUUAUUCCUCCAUCCACUUCGUCCUCUGUCGUCAAACCCUCGACCCAAGUCGACGAUAAAACCAAACAUAAAUUAUAAACUGCUGAAUAAAUAAUAAUUAAAUCAUUUUUUUUUUUAACAAAACAAUGACGCCUUGUGUUGUAAGAAAUUGCGUGUUUUUUCACUCCUCCCUUUUUUUUUUCUAAAUAUUACUACUACAUCCCCCCCCCCAGUGAAUGGAUUUUAAUAAUACCGUUACGCGCGAAAAAGCCUUCCCAAAUAAAAUUCUAAAAAUAAUAAUAAUAAAAAAAAAGCUUUGUCUAUGUCGGCAAUUUGUACAGGUAUGAAAAAAAAAAUAUAUAUCUAAUAACAUAAUGCUGAUCCUCCCCUUUUAAAGACUUUUUUUCCCCCUUCCCUUGUGUGUGUAUGUUGUGUCUGUCCGUAUGUGAAAAAAGCAAAAUGAUAAAAAUUAUAUUUUUGUUAAAAGUCCCACAAGAGGAGAGAAAAUUUGCGUAACGGAAAUUGGUUGUCUUCACGACGGCAAGGAAAUAAAAUUCAAAAAACGA